UCGCUGUCGCGCUGUUCCUCUCGGGCUCUGUCUGGGCUCUCUCGCUCCCUCCCGCGGUCGCCUCUCCACCCGUGCCCGCGCGUCCCCGUCUCAACUUCCACCCAAACCUUUCCCAAUCCCUCCGGGCUCCGGCACUGCGAGACGCUUCGUUGGCCAUUGCCGCGACACAAUCAGCACCAACGUUGCCGUCGCUGCCAAGUCGCCCACCCGUGUGACGACUCACGAGUGGCUGGAGGCGCCUCCACGGCUCCACCACCGCCCAUUCCGCGCUCAGCUCCGAGGCCUCCCGCCCGCCGCGGCAUCAUCUCCGGCUCCGGCUCCUCCCGCCGCCGCGGGCGUCAUGAAAUGAUCCUCACUUGCUUGAGUUGCUUCUUGACAUCAUAAGAAGGAUCUAUCUGUUUCCAGUUGUACACGGAAAACUAGUGUCUUGAAAGAUAAGAAUGGUAAGGGGGGCGAUAGGUGUCCUAAGAUGAAACUGCGGUUGCAUCUGUUCGUCCUGUGCGUGAUAAUCAUAUUCCUGGUGUACAACAUGGCUAACUUUCAACAUAAGCAGACAUCGUUGGAAGCAAAAUCUCAUCCAUUUGAUACAGUGACGGUGUCUGUCAGAGAUGCUGUUAAGGUGCCUCAAAAAGCGGAGGCUAGGAUUGGUUAUUUACCCCAUGGUAUAGUGGAGUCUAACUCUGACAUGGAGUUGAAGCCAUUGUGGCUGACAAGUGCGCAGUCAAAGAAGUCUAAACAAAGUGAUAAGUUUUUGAUUGCUAUUGCUGCCGGUAUAAAUCAGAAAAAAAGUGUGGACGCUAUUAUGAAGAAGUUUCUUCCAGAAAAUUUUACAGCUAUAUUGUUCCAUUAUGAUGGGAAUGUCAAUGGGUGGAAUGAUCUACCAUGGAGCAAAAGUGUGAUACAUAUAGCUGCUUCUAACCAGACUAAAUGGUGGUUUGCAAAGAGGUUCCUCCAUCCUUCUGUUGUGUCCAUGUACCAGUACAUCUUUCUUUGGGAUGAAGAUCUGGAAGUUGAUAACUUUAACCCGAGAAGAUACUUAAAUAUAGUUAGAUCAGAAGGGCUGGAGAUAUCACAACCAGGUCUUGACUCUAAGCUUUCUGAAAUUCAUCACCGGAUAACUGUUCGUAAAAAAACAGGAACCUUUCAUAGAAGAGUUAGCCGGGCUAACAAACAGUGUUCAAGAGAAGGACCGCCUUGUUCUGGAUGGGUCGAGGGCAUGGCACCUGUUUUCUCAAAGUCUGCUUGGCAAUGUGUGUGGCAUCUUAUCCAGAAUGAUCUUAUCCAUGGAUGGGGCAUCGAUUACAAGUUUGGAUAUUGUGCUCAGGGUGACAGGACAAAGAACAUUGGCGUAGUUGAUAGUGAAUUUAUAGUUCACCGAGGAGUGCAGACAUUAGGAGGUUCUACAAUAACAAAGGAUGGUACUCGUGGCAAAAAUGCCCAGCCACUUCGUCAGAAAGCAGAUCAAGUCCAAAAAUCGAGAGGGAAGGCACCAGGCCUUGAUAUGCGAACAAAGAUCCGGAGAAAAUCACGGUCAGAGCUUCGUGAUUUCCAGAAGCGCUGGGACCGGGCUGCAAGGGAAGACAGAACAUGGGUUGAUCCGUUUGCCCGCUCCAGGAGGAAGCAUAGGAAUAGAAACCCACAAUAGAUCAGCAUAAUCUUCACCAUUACACUUGCACAGAAUUCCCUUUGCAUCUUCGAUUUAGAGUGUAUAAUUGAAUAAUCAAUGCCAUAUAAAAUCUCAAGGACGAAACGAAACAGAUGACCACACACGUGAAAUUUUGCGGCGCAAUGAGUUCCCAGUGGGAGUUGUUGGUUCAGGCCCCUUGUAUUGUAUCUGAAACUGAAUAUGGCAUACUUUACUUCAAAAAAAAAAUGAAUAUGGCAUACGAUCAUACUGGCGAACUA